AUGCGCAUUAAAAAGAUUGAAAUUGAAGGCUUUAAAUCGUAUUCUCAGCUGGAAGUUGUAAACAAACUAGAUCCACAGUUUAAUGCAAUAACUGGUUUGAAUGGCUCUGGUAAAUCAAACAUUUUGGAUGCAAUCUGUUUUCUGCUUGGUAUAACUAAUUUGGCAAAUGUUCGUGCACAUUCACUUUCUGAUCUUGUUUACAAACAAGGCCAAGCUGGUAUAAAUCGUGCAACAGUUACUAUUACUUUUGACAAUAGCGAGCAGCAACCGGCCGGUUACGGCAAGUUCAAAGAGAUUAUUGUUCGAAGACAGGUUUUCAAUUUUUGUUUGAAAGACAGCACCAAUUUUCAGAUUAUCAUUAAUGGGAGAAAUACAUACCAAAUAAAUGGAACUGUGGCGACUAAUCAACGGGUUUCUGAUCUUUUUCGAAUGGUUGGUAUAAAUGUGAACAAUCCGCAUUUUUUAAUAAUGCAAGGACGAAUAACAAAGGUUCUUGGUAUGAAGCCAUUAGAGAUUCUUUCAAUGUUAGAGGAGGCAGCUGGCGUCCGUAUGUAUGAAUGCAAAAAACUAAAUGCCAUUCGUAUUAUCGAAAAAAGAGAUGCCAAAGUUGAUGAAAUUAACAAGGUUUUUUGGUUUCAAUUAUUUAUUACUAUUGAUAUUCAGCUUUUUGAAGAAGAUAUAUUGCCUCGUGUAGAACGCUUAAAGAAGGAUCGUGAAAAUUAUUUGGAAUAUCAGAGAAUUGAACGUGAGGUUCAAGUUCUUGAACGAAAGUUUAAUGCUUAUGAUUAUCAUAAUAGUCAGUUGCAAAUUAAAGAACUCGAAAACAAGGCCCAAACCUUUCGACAACAAAUUACCCAAGUAAUAAAGGAACUUGAUUUGUUGCAGCAGGAAGCAAAACGUGAAGAAGAAAAUUUACGAAAAAUGGAAUCGGAGAGUGCUAAAAAUACUGCUCCUGAAUUUCAGAAAUUGGAGAAAUUACUUAAGGAAAAACAAAGUUCACUUGCAAAAAUAGAAUCAGAAAAAGAUGGAAAAGAAGCUGAUCUUAAAGAGCUACAAGUUUCUAUUGAACGGAAGAUUGAAUCGUUAACUGGUGAUAGACAACAUCUAGAAACAAAGAAAAAUUACCUUGCCAAUGCUCAAUCUGAAAACGGGACUGUGGAACAGCGUGGAUUGUCUGCUGAAAAAGCUGUUCAAAGAGCACGUCUGAGACUAGAAGCAUUGGCUCGUGGAAUGACUACUGAUGAGCAGGGAAAUGCCGUGACUUUAGAGGCGCAACUUAUAUCUGCUAGAACAAAGCUGUCGGAGCAACAAACAAAUUCAAAGAAAUUGGAGAUGCAACUUUCGCAGUCACGAAAAGUUAUCGAGAAAAAACGGCUGGAACUUGCCACUUUUAAACGUCGAUCUACUGGCGAUCACGAAUCAAAAAGAAGGAUUGAAACUGAAAUUUCUAAAAUUGAGCGAGAUCUUCAUUCAUUGAAUUUUGAUCCCGAACUGGAGAAAAAUUUCGAAGCUGAGCGAAAGCUCCUAUCUCGAGAACAUGCUGAAAUUACUCGUGAACUUGAUAAUUUUGAAGCACGUUAUUACAAUUUACAAUUCAAUUAUAAAGACCCCUAUGCUGGUUUUGAUCGCAGGGAGGUUAGAGGAGUUGUUGCAAAAUUGUUUAAAUUAAAAGAUCCUAAAUUUGCAACAGCACUAGAAGUUGUUGCUGGAGGGCGGCUUUACAACAUUGUGGUUAACAAAGCUGAAGUUGCCAAAGUUCUUAUUGAUAAGAAAUGUAUUCAAAAUCGCGUUACAAUGCUUCCUAUGGAUAAAAUUGAAGUACGUGGAGUUGUGAGUAAACGUCAGAUUCAAGAAGCUAAACUUAUGGUUGGUGAUGAAAAUGUUUUUGUGCCCCGAGAAUUGAUUGAAUAUGAACCUGAAUUAGAGCCAGUUAUAAACUUUGUCUUUGGAAAUUCUUUGAUCUGUUUAAAUAUGGAACAAGCAAAUUUGUUAACUUAUAAAAAUCAAAAUGUAAACUGUCGAACUGUAACAUUGAAUGGUGAUGAUCUCAACCCUCGAGGAAUUUUAACCGGUGGUUCUCGAAACCAUAAAGCUUCUGUUUUGAGCGCACUUCACGAUGUUUUUGGUCGGUAUGAGAGAAUUUCUCAAAUUAACAAGGAGCAACAUUCACUGAAUAGUUUUUUUAUUUUUUUAAAUGAAAUUUAUCUUUGCUUUCUAGCUAAACUCGCUUCACUUCGUCCCAUCCAGCAACGUUUUGAAGAUUUAAAUGCAAAAUUACGUGAUCACAAACAUCAUUUGGAUGCGGUUGUAACUGCAUUAAAAUCCAAUCCUGUUGAAGUUUUAACUGAAGAAAUUGGACGUUUGGAGCAAGAAAUCAAAGACUUGAAUGAAACGAUGGAAAAUGUUUUACCUGAUAUUGAAAGACUGAAACAACUUAUUCGUGAAUUGGAACAGCAGAAAAAGGAUGAAAAUUUCCAUGAAAAUGAAAAAAAUAAUGCACAACGUGAAUUAGAUAAUGCCAAAAAAGAACUUGAGAGGAUGAAGGAUACUUUUGGUAAUGCAAAGGAACGUCUUGCAAGUCUAAGAGAAGAAAUUUCGUUAUUAGAACAGUCAAUUGAAAACGACGGAAAUGAGCUUGCUCAUUUGGAAAAAUUGCGAGAUGAAAAGAAUGCAGAAAUUGAAAAAUUUAUAGCAAAAGUUGCCGAAGCUAACGAAUCUGUUCAACAUCUUCAAGAUGAUAUGGAUAAAUAUAAUCAAGAUGUUCGUCUUAAAGAUAAAACUCUUCGAACGAAAGCCGCUGAAAUAAGUGAAUUUAAAAAAAGAAUAAGUCAAUUGAAAAAUAAGCAACUUUCAAAUGAAAGGGAUGCGCAAGAAGCUGUUAAAAAUUCAAAGGAAUUUGCUAAACGAGCUCAACAAUUGGAACGAAUACACCGUUGGAUUUCUGAAGAAAAAGAAAAUUUUGGUUUACGUAACACUGAAUAUGAUUUUACAGAUUUUACUUUUGAUAUCGGAAAAAGAGAAAUUGAACAACGCAAAGAUAGAAUCAAGGAGCUAUCGCAUACAAUAAACACAAAGGCAAUGCACUUAUUAGACACAGCUGAGGGUCAAUGUCAAGAAUUGGAUAUCAAACGAUCUCAGUUAGUUAAAGACAAGAAGCAACUUUACGAUACAAUAGAACAGCUUGAUGAGAGGAAGAAACGCGAACUUAUUGCAGCUCACAAACAAAUUAGCAAUGAUUUUGGAUCAAUUUAUUCAACUCUCCUCCCUGGUGCAGGCGCUGAACUCGUUCCUCCAGCUGGGGCUGAGAAUUGUCUUUCAGGACUUGAAGUUCGCGUCGCAUUUAAUGGAAAAUACAAGGACUCAUUAUCUGAACUUUCUGGUGGACAACGCUCGCUGAUUGCUCUUUCUUUAAUCUUGGCUAUGCUAAAAUUUAAACCUGCACCUUUUUAUAUUCUUGAUGAAAUUGAUGCAGCAUUAGAUAUUUCACACACUGAAAAUAUUGGAAAAAUGAUUAAAAAUCAUUUCAGUCAGAGUCAGUUUAUUGUUGUAUCUUUGAAGCAAGGAUUUUUUGAUAAUGCAAAUGUUGUAUAUCGUAUUCAAUUUAAAGAUGGUCGUUCAAUUAUAUCAAGGGAAGAAAACAACAGGCAGUAA